AUGUCUUCUACUACCCUCAACCCAACUGCCACAUCUACCUCGACCGCAACACCAUCAUGUAUCAGCGUCGUCCCCGACAAGAACGGCUACGUCCCCGAAUGGGCGUGUGAUGCCAACUACAGCUAUUACCCAUCCUUUGGCGGAGCGCUUUUCUUCGCCGUGGCCUUCGGCAUCACCACCUUCCUCCACAUCUACCAAGCAUUCUAUUACAAAAAAUGGCGCCUCUGCUGGGUUAUCGUCAUGGGCAGCGCAUGGGAAUUUGCCAGCUUUGCCACGCGCGCAGCAGGCACCAGAAACCAGCAAUCCCUACCUCUAGCUUUCGUUUCGCAGAUUCUGUUCCUGCUGGCGCCGAUGUGGGUCAAUGCUUUUGACUACAUGGUCGUGGGUCGGAUGAUAUACUUCUUUGUGCCCGAGCAAAAGAUUUGGGGCAUUAGAGGGAUCAAAAUUGCGAAGAUCUUUGUGUGGCUGGAUGUUCUAUCUUUCCUUACCCAGCUUGGAGGUGGUGCUUUAAUCCAGCCCGGUCAAGACCCAAAAACAUUGAUGGCUGGUAUUCACGUGUACAUGGGUGGUAUCGGGCUCCAAGAACUCUUCAUCCUGUUCUUCACGGCGAUCGGAAUUAAAUUCUUCCUCACAAUGAAGAAAGCUGAGGCUUCAAUGGCCGGCACGAGCAAUCAAAUCCUCGACGGCCGCCCCCACAACUGGAGACCUUUGCUAUUCGCACUAUAUGCCUCCUUGAUGAUGAUUACCGUGCGUAUCAUCUUCCGCCUCGUCGAAUUCUCUGCCGGUAUCGAGCCAGGAGACAACCCCAUCCCCUACACCGAGGCAUACCAGUUCUGCCUGGACGCACUGCCCAUGCUACUUGCGAUUUCCAUAAUGAACGUCGUGCAUCCCGGACGCAUCCUAAAGGGAGAGGGAAGCGAGUUCCCCAAGGGCCCAACGAGAAAGGAGAAGAAGGAGCUGAAGCGCAUCAAGAAGGAGGAGAAGCUAGCAAAGAAGGAGGAGAAGAAGGCGGCAAAGGAGGAGAGGAAAGCAGAAAAGAUGCAACGGAAUUUAGGAGUAUGA